AGCUGGUGCUUCCUGGAGGGAGGGGUCACUCCGUCCAGUUCUCUUCUACAGUCAAUGGCUGAGGAGGGGCGGCUGCUUGACCGUGGCUUAUUUAUGGACCGCAGUGCUGCUGCGCCGCAGACCGCAGUCAUUACAGCCUUCGCUCAUAGGGUGGCGCUAAAAGCACACCUGCGAGCGCGGACAGCUCCAUCGCUGCUGGAUGAACUGGUAAGAUCAACAUAAAAGCAAUUUAAUGGAGAAGUAUAAAAGAAUCACUCUAAGAUGACACGUACAGACCCGCCUGACAUACUAGUAUCAACUGUGCAUCAGGAUAUAAAGGUGAUUCCAAUUUUUCCACUCCGCAAGUCAUUGCAAGCCUCCAAACAAUGUGAUUCCACAAAUUGUAGCACCCUGGAAGAUAGUAAUCUCAAAGUUAUCAAGAGGCACUGCCAAACCUUUGACUUUAAGUUGUUGAAAGAUCUUAAAUCACACAGGAGUCUAAUGGAGUCUCCAAGUAAAAAGACUGAUAGGAAGGGGGUCAACCCAGAGGUUGCAUGGACUUCCUCGGGGAGUCAGCAGAGAUACCGCUUUUCUUCUCCGGACAUUUUCUCUCACAGAAUGACACCUCAGUCAAUGGCUGCAGAAAUGACCAGUGAGGUAAUGGUCCCUGAUCAUAAAAGAAGGACAAGGUCUAAAAGUGCCUCCCGAGUCCAAACCAACUUCACUCCAGUAUCGUUUGAGGGGUCUUCAUCUUCAAGAAGGAAAGGGAGAGAGUCUCAAAGGACCAUGAAAGACUCUCGCUGGAGACCUGAAGUAUCACCACGUAGGGAGGCGUCUUUUUCAGGAGCAAGGGCUCACAUGCCUGAAGUUCACCCAAUUAAGCUGCAACCUCAAAUUGCUGAUAGCAGCAGAAAUUCACCUCACUGUGUUAUAGACAAAUGUUCAUAUGGUGAACUGAAUAAACCAGCAACUAGUCCUCAUGUUAGAUGUCGAGUGGACAUUAUGCCUGAUGACAUGGCAUUACAUCAGUCAAGACGAAAAAAGACUACCAAGUCAAUAGACAUACCCUGUCAGAGACAGCAAAAUAUAGGGAGCAGGAGUCUGACUGUGCCACGGCAUUUCUCCUAUUCUAGAACUCAACCUGCUUCUGACUCUUUGGAAAGAGAGAGUAGGCAAGCUUAUCAGUAUUCCCGCAGCAUGCCAAACAGUUACUUGCAGCAGAUGGAGCUUCCGUUACAAAGAAUGCCUUCUACAGGUGACUAUUAUGGUAGAGAACGAAGAGCUCACUCCAGUCCCAAUGUGCCAACAAAAUUUUUUUAUGCAGAUGACCCAGGAAGGUAUGUUCCUUCUGUUCCUCAUGUUCCUCCACAAUGUGAUUCCUAUUUUUAUGAUGACAGUUACACACCAGGGCAAGCAUACUCUCCAAAAGUGCACUACGUACAAGAUCCAAGGACUCGCAUGGUGCAUGCUGUAGCUACAAGGUCAUAUUAUCCUGAAACGGAACCAUAUCCGUACUCUGUGCAACCAGGGUACCUCAAACCCUAUGCAGCAAAUGAACCAGGACCAUACAUCAUAAGAACACCUCCAACGAGAAUAGUUUAUCCAGAUGACCCAAGGUCUUAUCAAAUUCAUACUGCACCGCCAAGGUUUACUUAUUCCAGUAACAUGUAUGCAAUGCUUCCAGAACACCAUGUACCAGCAGGAGCGUACUACACUGAGGGCCGCAGACAUGCUAGAGUCAUUCAACCGCAGGCAGAUGACUGGUAUGGCUCAGAUGCAUCUGGUUAUUCCACCAAUCCUGCCUCUUAUGUAUCUCAAGCAACUCCAACCCCAAUCCAGCAGGAUCCGACAUCCAUGCCAUGGUAUGCCAAUCCAUGUUUAGAACCUCAAAAAAUAGCAACAGACUCUAAAUCUUACUCCAGGUCUUGGGACAACAUUCUCAACUCUCGUGUUGAAAGGGAACAACCCAUCCCUGUUCAGAGAGGGCAGAGCUAUGAUGAUCUUCUUGACUCAAGGAAGCCUUCUACAACCCUAGAUGACAAACCACAACCAGUGGUAGUGAAUCUUUCCAGUUCACCAAGACGCUAUGCAGCUUUAUCAAUGUCUGAUAACUCACUAAUUGACAAAAGCCCAACCGAGACAUCAAAAGUCGCUUCUAGUAAACUUUGGUUUGUCACACCUGAGAUAACGAUCACUGACAAUGAUAUUAAAAAUGGAAAUCUCAAUAAGGUUGAAGGCCGGUCUGCUAGUUGGGACGCUAUUGACUCCAGAAGUACUGAAGGUCCAGAAAUGUCUCGGCGGGAUUUUGAAAGAACAUCUAAAGAGAACACACAUGACAAUGGCUCACUUCAGCAAAGUCUUGAGCAGCUUGAUGAGCUUCUGGCAGAUCUUGUGACUGACUACAAGCCACCAAGUAGACGGACAAGUGAGGACAUUCUGGACCAAUUGAAGAAGUUAAUUGAUGAGGAAGAAGCUGUAUCGUUGUCUAGAAGUUCAAAAGCAGCAAAGGAUGACCCACCUCCACUAGACAAACAGCCAACUUCAAUUCGAAUGAAUGCAGAUGCUUUUUGCGAUAUGGAUAAUUCAAGUGAUGCGAUGAAAAGUGCAGAGGAAUGUUCUCCAGAUCAGAGCCCUGAUGAGGAUGAUACAAUGAUGUGCUCCAACAACAAAUGCCGGAGAACAGAGACCCUGUUCAAUGCUUGUUUGUAUUUUAAAUCCUGUCACAGUUGCUACACCUACUACUGCUCCCGUAACUGUCGCAGAGAGGACUGGGACAUUCACAAAGAAAGCUGCUUGUAUGGAAGAAUUGGAAGCACAUGCCGUCACAUCAUUAAGCAUUGCAGAGAGACUGUUGAAGUGCAUAAAGCCUUCUCUCGUAUUGCCAAAGUUGGCUACCUUUCUCGAGGUAGGGGAGUUUUAUUUCUUGGUUUCCCAAACCCUGCAGCCUCUAGCAAAUUCAUGAAAUGUGGCCUGGAUAGUUUACUCAUGUCUCCUACGUACCUUUCCCUCCGUGAACUUGAAAGCUUUAGGGAAAAUCUGGGAGAGUACUGUAAAGAGCUGCAAGAGGCAGGUAAAGAAUAUGACCCUAACGAAUGUUUUAUCUUGAAUGUAUCCAUUGCUGUUGGUGAGCAGUUGCCUGAUGGGCCAUCACCAAGAAACCAAGCACCAACAGUUAGAAAAUAUGCAAAAGUUGCAUUGGCCUCCUUUAGCCCUGAGAGAAAGGUUCAUAAAAAAGAGAGUGACAUGGAAACAUUGAUCCUAACUCCACCUCCUGGAACAGCAGAUAUUGACAAAGAGGGAGAAGAAGGCCAUAAGGCUCGAGAAAUCUGUUUCAUCAACAUUCAGCGUGAGUUGAGGAUUCGAGGAGUUUUCCUACGCCAUGAAUACCCACUGGUUUAUCAGCAGCUCUGUGAGUUUGUGGAAAACAAUAGAAGGUUUACACCCACAACUAUUUAUCCAAUUGAUAAGAGAACUGGCAAACAGUUCAUGUGCAUGAUCAUGGCUGCUUCAGAGCCCAGGACACUGGACUGGGUUGGCACUCCACAUCUCCUUGAUGACAUCAUUUAAGAAUUUAUUUAGCAUCUUUUGUUACAGAGGCAUAUUUAUUUAAAUAUAUUAAUACCCUUCAUACAUGAACAAUUCCUUUUGUGAUGUUAAAAUUUGAUCUAAAUUAGUGAUUUAAGUUUCCUUAAAUCUUUGAUCUUGUUUUGGGCAGGGGUUAGCGAUAAUGUGGGAGAGGUAUGUGUUUCAAAUCCUUACAUCGAGUCUUUUUUUUUUCUUUAAAAUGAACAUUGUGGAAAAUAUGACUUUUUAUUUUCAACACAAGUAUAUUCUAUGCAAAAUUAAUUCAUCACUUAGGUCUAACAUUCCUGUGGAAAGACUAGCUUAUGUUGUAAGAUGUGCUAUAUCUAUCCUAAAAUAUUAUACAAAUGUAAAGAAAUAUUUCAAAUUAAGAUAGCAUGUUGGUGGUAGUUCAUAUCGUCAUGAGACGUACUGAUGCUAAAAAAAAAAAUGAAGGUAAAGCAUUAAGCUAUUUUGACCUGCGUUAAAUAGACUCACAUUUAGCAUUGUUUACAAACAAUGCAUUAAAAAUUGUCAAUUUCUUGUGCCUGAUAUGUUUUGGGAAAUUACUGGGCUGCCAAAAUUAAAGUGAAAGUAGUGCCAGUGUCACUAGCUGCGUUUCCAUUACAACUUUUUACAAACAUGUAUCAAAAUUCUAAAAACGUUGGAAAUAUACGAUUUUGCAGUUGCACUGUUUCCAUUCAAUGAUAACUCUGCGAAUAUACACAAACCAACUCAUGCAAUUAGUCAUUAGUCAUUCUGAUUUACAGCAGAAAGAUUCAAAUAUCUGUCACAGCACUAGCAAUCAUCAUCAUCCAUCAAAGGAGAAGUCGGCGUCUGAUUCAGGUCAUGGAGCGGCAAGCUAUGUGGGAGCGGCUAUGGAUGAAGCGAUUUUGGCAAAUGGUGGCUGGUGAUUUUACAGAGGAGCUGUGGAUCAAACAAUUCCACAUGACAUGAUCAACUUUUAAUUAGGAUGUGUGAUGCUGUGGAACCCUAACAGUCAGUUCCUACCAAGAAGCGAAUUUAAUUCGAAUAAAGUGUUCCCAUUGCAGUCUUGCGAAAAAUGUAUAUUUCAAUUCGCUCCAAAAUCCACCUCCUCCAAGGGCAUAAACUUUUUUUUUCAGAUAAACUUAGUUUUUUCUAAAAAAAUUUGUUUCCGUUUGGCAAAUUUAUGAUCGCAAAUCCAAUUUGUGCAAUUUCAUAGUCAAUGGAAAUGCAGCUAACUCGGUAGGGACCGGUGUGUACUCAGUUUUAAACACUGUGAAUAGUAAAAGUUAUUUUGUGCAAAAAAAAAGAAAGGUUUGGUAUAAUACCAACAAAUAGCACAAUUUAUUUGAAAAUGAAUGGAUUCCUUUUUUUAAAAGAUAUAUUUAAAGAUAGAACUAAGAGUUAUUUUCCUUAGAACAGAGCGUGAAAGGCUUGGAACUGUAGCUGGAUGGUAGUCUUCACAACUGUGUAAAGAAAUUAGUUGUGUAUUUGUACGGGAUUAGAUUCAUUUCAUGUAUUUUGUCUUUUUCGGUUUUAGCUAGAUCAUCUACUUCCCUAUGAAACACUUAUAUUAUUAUCAUGUAGGCAUGUUCCCCAAUUGUUUUUGGGGGUAUAGAAUUUCUUUUAUCUAACUUUGUGUGUGUGGCAUCCCCAAAGUUCAACUCUCAGCAAAUUGGUUUUCAGAGCAAACAUGCUAAUUUAAAGUAAUAGCUCUUCUACUGGGAACCAUUGUAAUCAGUCAGAGCAGUCCCACUGGAUUCAGCUUGGUCUAAAAGGGGGACUGCCCAGAAACACACAGUCCACACUGGAAAACAGGCAGAAGGACUUAGACGAACUGCAUCGUAAAAGUAUAUAAAAAAGGAAAGUUUUUAAUUUUCUUAGCGACCACUGCAACAAGGAUGACAGCUUUGAUAAUAAGUCAUUAAAUAAUGUGGCUCCAAAAAUUCAGGAGCGUAAAUAAACCGACCAGUGCAAAUUACUGUAUUUUCUGCACUAUAAGGCGCAACAGAUUAUGAGGCAAUAAAUUGGUCUAUUUUUGAAAUUAUAUCAAAAUUUAGGCGCUUGUAACUAUUAGGCUAUGAGAUAUAAGUCCAUCAGUCAGUCAGACUAUUAACUGUGUUCACUGUAACUCUAGAAUUUGUUUGUGACACGCUACACGUAGCCAUGUUAGAAGUAUUAAGGUGCAUUCACACCGAACGUGAUUCGCGCGACAAAUUCGCGUGUCCCACUCCUCUUUUGUCAUGUGACGAAUUCACUGCUCUCGCCUGUCAAAAAAUGUGUUUCUGGGCUUGACGCCUUGAGAUUUUCCCAGCACAGGGGGCUGUGUCUGUAUGACAGCCGCUUCUGCUGUGUUUCUGUGGCUGAGCUUGAAGGCUCUCUGUCUUGUAUUAACCCGAGGGGGAAAAAAUAAAAUUAGGAGACCUUUUUUUUUAAGUCUCAAGGAGGCUCAAACCGCAUACCACAACAGUUCUUUGUCUGCCAGUGUGGUGCCAAGAUGCACAUUCUGGCAGUGGGAACGUACCUUGGCACCACACCUACCCACUGAUUGAGUCACUGAAAACGUCACAUGCUCAAAUCUGAGUUCCUGAUUGGCAGAUGCGACGCAUCGACCUGUUAAACUUAGGAUUUUUAUUUUUUCUGCCCGAUUCACGCCGCGUCACUCAUAUUGAGCUGCUGGCAGACCUUCGCCCCAUGCUCACCGCUCUUAUCACGCCGUGGGACUUCAGAUAACCUCAUGUUGUAUCUGUUUUAUUGACUUAACAUUGGAACUGACCGCUACCGCGGUGCGAAUCGCGUCUGGUGUGAAUGCACCUUUAGCUGCAUUAGCAUAUUUAUAAUAUCUGUUACCUUGUACGUAACACCUAAAAAAACAGACUGAUACGGCUAUUAUUAACAUUACUGUGACUACACUAACUCCCACCUUUGUUUGUGACUCACAAAAAAAAACACAUAGACAUUGCUACACGCUAGGUCUGCUAGCGUAUUCACAAUAAUACCAAACCAAACAUUUUGACUUCUCAGAAUUUCUUCACCAUCAGUAAACAGAAUCAGAAUUAUUGCACAUGUAAGGGGCUCUAGCUUUUUAAAGUGUUUUUUUUUUUUAUUAAAGGCUUUUAAGUUUUCCUUAUAGUGCGGAAAAUAUGGUAUUCUAUCAUAAUUAUUUAUUCAUGCUCAUCAAAAGUUAGCAGGUUGAGUCACAUGAUGUGGGCUGCACAGGUUCUCCUGGACUCAUACAGCAGUACACUUCCAUUUCUUUUAGGAUGCAGUUCAUCUCACAAAAGCUCCAAAGGAAUUCAAGCAAACCGCACUGCUAACAGCCUCUUUCAGUGAGACUUUCUCAAGCCAUGCUCAAACGCCAACAUUCAUGCACAGAACACAUUUUGUGGGGUUGGAGCUUUUGUAUGAAUUUUCAGUUACAAACCAAUAAGAUAGAGAGAGAAUACAAAAUAAAAGUCUGUUUUAGCCAGAUUCUAUUGUUGCUUUAAGAUGUUAGCCUCUGAUUUCAUAAUAGUCUGACUGAGCCUGUCUAACACUUAACAUAUCAGAAAAGAAUCCAUAUGGAUCCACUUUAGUGACAUUAUCAAUAUCUUAUAAUUACCUCGUGAUAUUGGAAUUUUUGAUAUAAAAUACUCCCGAAGUUUGAGGUGUAUGUGUUUGAAAAAACUGUUUGACCAAGUUCCAUUUUACCAGCGGAGAGGACGUGCUGUACAUAGACUGAGAAGUUGGAUGAUUGCAUGUGAUUCCAUUUUCGCUAACCUCAUUUUAACACUAAAUAUUAUGCUGUGCUUGAAUUAUGGGCUUGUGAAAGUGACAAUUAUGUUGUGUGAGAAAAAAAAACAAACAGUUAUUAGUUUCAACAACAUGUAAAAUGGAACAAGUAAGAGACCUCACAAAAAUGUUAAGAAGAUUCUGUAACCCAUAUUUUUUAUACUUCCUCUGUCUGUCUCUUUAUGAAUCAUGUCUAAUAAAUGGAUUAUGAACUCGA